AUGCCUCCUACGAAAAGGCCGCCUCAAAACCAAAGGCAACGGCCCUUCAAGGUUCCUCGUCGCCAGACAUCCCCCGAGGCUGGACCCUCCAAUUCCAAAACCUCCUCAUCGGCAGCAGCAACUAAAUCGAAACCCAAGCCCAAAGCCAAACCCAAGACGACCACGAAACCCCCGAAGAAUGCUACCGCCUCAUCCUCCAAAUCCAAACCCGCCACAUCAUCCUUCCGCAAGAACAAAUCGCGCGCACACUCUGAAAGUCCCGCCCAAGACGACGACGAUGCCGCAGCAGCAGCCGCAGCCGCCGCAGCCGCCGCGACGGACUCCGAACCAGGUUCUGACGCCGGCUCAAACUCCAGCCAUCGCAGUCGCAGUGGAAGUCGCGAGCGCUCAGCGUCCGGGGAACCGGACUUCAUUCUAGCGGAGAUCACCAACGGCAAUGCCGAAGAGACCAACGACGUGAUUCUCAGCGAGCCCGAGAUCCCGCCGAAGCUGCUGACCCGGCUGCUGCACACGCUCUUCCAGAACCCCAAGACCAAGAUAGCUAAGGAUGCGAACGCUGUAGUCGCUAAAUACAUGGAUGUCUUUGUUAGGGAGGCGCUGGCGAGAGCGGCGUUCGAGAGAGCAGAGGCUAAUGGUGAGGGGGCGUCGUUUGCGGAUGGCUUUUUAGAGGUCGAAGAUCUUGAGAAGAUGGCGCCCCAGCUUGUGUUGGAUUUCUAA